CGCGGCCGCCUGUGGCCUGGUGGCUCGCGUGCGCGCGGCGCGGGGUCGGCGGGCGGCCCGCGCCCCCCGGUGCCCCACCGGCCGCGGGGUCCGCGCGGCGCGGCGGGGGUGCGGCGCCCCGCGCCCGAGCCCGCCGUCCUCCCGCCGGCGCUGCCGCGGCUGCGGCUCAGCCCCGGCGGAGCCGCGGGGCUCGCACUCCGAGAGCAGUUUUCGUGCAACUCCGAGUCAGCGCGGGCGGGUUUCCCAUCGAUAAUCGGCCGCGGGGCGAUCCCGGCGGCGGGGCCCAGGCUCGGCCCGCCGCCCCGGGUCUCGGCAGCUAACAAAAGAAACCGGGACCCGUCUCCAAAUAGCCAUCUUAGGCUUCAAGGCUAGGCAGGAGCUGUAGGCCUCAAAGAGGGGCCUAUGGAGACGGCGGACCUGGGCGAGGAGCGCUCUCGGCCCCGGCCCCGGCCCCCCCGGCGCCCGCGGACGGCGCUGUCCGGAGCAGUUUCGGAGAAGAACCAGUGGGGAGAAAUCGUGGAGGAGUUCAACUUUCCCAGAAGUUGCUCCAACGCUGCCUUUGCCUUGAAACAGUAUUACUUGCGUUACCUAGAAAAGUACGAGAAAGUUCAUCAUUUUGGGGAGGAGGAUGAUGAGGUCCCACCAGGCAAUCCGAAGCCACAGCUUCCUAUUGGUGCAAUUCCAUCUUCCUACAAUUACCAGCAACACAGUGUGUCAGAUUAUCUGCGUCAAAGUUAUGGGCUAUCUAUGGACUUCAAUUCGCCAAAUGAUUAUAAUAAACUGGUGCUGUCACUGUUAUCUGGACUCCCAAAUGAAGUGGACUUUGCUAUUAAUGUGUGCACUCUCCUGUCAAAUGAGAGCAAGCAUGUCAUGCAGCUUGAAAAAGACCCUAAAAUCAUCACUUUGUUACUUGCUAACGCCGGGGUGUUUGACGACACUUUAGGAUCCUUUUCUACUGUAUUUGGAGAAGAAUGGAAAGAGAAGACUGAUAGAGAUUUUGUUAAGUUUUGGAAAGACAUUGUUGAUGACAAUGAAGUACGUGACCUCAUUUCUGACAGAAACAAGUCCCAUGAGGGUACACCAGGAGAGUGGAUUUGGGAAUCUUUAUUUCACCCACCUCGGAAGCUGGGCAUUAAUGAUAUUGAAGGACAACGGGUACUUCAGAUUGCAGUGAUUUUGCGAAACCUUUCCUUUGAGGAGGGCAAUGUUAAGCUUUUGGCAGCUAAUCGUACCUGUCUUCGUUUCCUAUUACUUUCUGCACAUAGUCAUUUUAUUUCUCUAAGGCAAUUAGGCCUUGACACCUUAGGAAAUAUUGCAGCUGAGCUUUUAUUGGACCCUGUUGAUUUCAAAACUACUCACCUGAUGUUUCAUACUGUAACAAAAUGUCUCAUGUCAAGGGACAGAUUUCUAAAGAUGCGGGGUAUGGAAAUUUUGGGGAAUCUUUGCAAAGCAGAGGACAAUGGUGUUUUGAUUUGUGAGUAUGUCGACCAGGACUCAUACCGGGAGAUCAUUUGUCAUCUCACUCUGCCCGACGUGCUGCUUGUGAUCUCAACACUUGAGGUGCUCUACAUGCUCACAGAAAUGGGAGAUGCUGCUUGCACAAAAAUUGCAAAAGUAGAAAAGAGCAUAGACAUGUUAGUGUGUCUGGUUUCUAUGGAUAUUCAGAUGUUCGGCCCUGAUGCACUAGCUGCAGUAAAGCUCGUCGAACAUCCAAGUUCCAGUCAUCAAGUUUUAUCUGAAAUUAGGCCACAAGCUGUAGAGCAAGUCCAAACCCAGACCCAUGUAGCAUCUGCCCCAGCUUCCAGAGCAGCUGUAGGACAGCACGUUGCCCCACCUCCAGGAAUAGUGGAAAUAGAUAGCGAGAAGUUUGCCUGUCAGUGGCUAAAUGCUCAUUUCGAAGUAAAUCCAGAUUGUUCUGUUUCUCGAGCAGAAAUGUAUUCUGAGUACCUUUCAACUUGUAGUAAAUUAGCUCGUGGUGGAAUCCUCACAUCAACUGGAUUUUAUAAAUGUCUUAGAACGGUCUUUCCAAAUCACACCGUGAAGAGAGUCGAGGAGCCCAGCAGCAGUGGGCAGGCGCACAUUCACGUGGUGGGAGUCAGGCGGCGGGCCAUCCCGCUCCCCGUGCAGGUGUACUGCCAGCAGCAGCCGGUGCCUGCCCCGGCCCUGCGUGCCGAUUCUGUUCCUGAUGUAUCUCCCAGCCCUUCACCUGCAGGAAUCCCUCCUGGACCACAGACUGUAGGAAACCACUUUCAGAGGACUUCCGUCAUCAACCAGUCUUCAAACGUGACCUCAACACAAAGGUCUUUUCCAGCACAAGGCGUUCAUCCCGCGGCGCAGACUGUUUCGAGAAUUCCUCCAAAUCCUUCAGUUAAUACCCACUCGCCGCACAGUGUGCCGGUGGCUGUCAUUCAGAACAAAGCUCCGGUCCCUUGUGAACUCGUCCAGGCGACAGUACUCCCGAGCUCCGCGCCGCAGACGACGGGUCCUGUCGGUAUUGCCGUGGGCAGCGGGGCUGCGCAGAGCCCUGUGGUCCAGGCUCAGGGCCCAGGCCCGCAGCCUGUUGCGGUCGUAAACUCCCAGGCGCUGCUUCCCCACCCCUCCAUGCUGCCCCAGCAGCCUCCGUUGCACACGGUGGUCCCGGGACAGAUUCCGUCUGGGGCCCCCCUCGCGGUUAUUCAGCCAGCUGUUCCGCAGAGUCACCUGUUCGGCCGAGUACAGAACAUGCCUGCGUGCGCUCCUGCGGGCUCACAGGGUCAGCAGUUAGUCGCCACGUCACCGCAGCCCGUUCAGGCUUCGUCUCAGCAGAUGCCGGCGGGCAGCCAGCCGCAAGACACGGUCCUCAUAGCACCCCCCCAGUACGUGACGACGUCUGCCUCCAGUAUUGUCCCCGCACCUCCGGUGCAGAACUUCCAGGUAGCCGCGGGACAGAUGGUGGCCAUUGCCGGGCUCCCGAGCCCACAGCCCGCGAGGGUGGGCUUUCAGAACAUCGCCCCCAAGCCCCUCCCUCCUCAGCACGGCGCGUCCGCGGGGGCGCAGCAGCCCGUCCCGCAGCCACAGCAGCCCCCCCAGCAGAGCGUCGUGAUCGUGAGCCAGCCAGCUCAGCAGGGCCAGACCUACGCACCAGCCAUUCACCAGAUCGUUCUUGCGAAUCCAGCAGCGCUUCCAGCCGGGCAGACCGUUCAGCUGGCUGGACAAGCAAACGUGACCCCCUCUUCUUCACCGUCGCCUGCCCCAGCUCCCAAUACCCCAGGCCCUGCUGCCGUGCCGUCUUCCACCCCGCAGUCGCAGGGGCCGCCCCCGACCGUCAGCCAGAUGCUGUCUGCGAAGAGGCAGCACUCCCCCGCGCCCCCGCAGCAGGUCCAGGCGCAGGUCCAGCCGCAGCCGGCAGGCGCAGGCCUCGGGCAGCCUGCUUCUGCGGAGUCGAGUCUGAUAAAACAGCUGCUGCUCCCAAAGCGUGGGCCCUCCACCCCGGGCGGCAAGCUCAUUCUCCCGGCCCCACAGAUCCCUCCGCCCAGCAGCGCGAGGGCACCUAGCCCUCAGGUGGUGUACCAGGUGGCCAACAGCCAGGCGGCGGGUUUCGGGGUGCAGGGGCAGCCUCCGGCUCAGCAGCUCCUGGUUGGGCAGCAGAAUGUUCAGUUGGUCCAAAGUGCAAUGCCGCCCACAGGCGGGGUGCAAACCGUGCCCAUCUCGAACUUACAAAUACUGCCAGGCCCACUGAUCUCAAAUAGCCCAGCGACCAUUUUCCAGGGGACUUCGGGCAACCAGGUCACCAUAACAGUUGUGCCAAAUACAAGUUUUGCAACUGCAACUGUCAGUCAGGGAAACGCAGCUCAGCUGAUUGCCCCUGCGGGGAUCACGGUGAGUGGGGCGCCGGUGGGGGUAGGGCUGCAGGCGCCCCUGCCGGCCCCCCACGCGUCUCCGGCCGGACAAUCGUCUUGCGUUGCUGCUACUCCCCCGUUCCGAGGUGACAAAAUAAUUUGCCAAAAGGAGGAGGAAGCGAAGGAAGCAACAGGUUUACACGUUCAUGAACGUAAAAUUGAAGUCAUGGAGAACCCUUCCUGCAGACGAGGCACCGCGAGCACCAGCAAUGGGGACACAAAGGAAAACACAGUGCAGGUGGGGGGCCUCUUAAACGGGAGAAAGUACAGUGACUCAAGUCUACCUCCUCCAAACUCAGGGAAAGGUCACGGUGAGACUAAUCCAUGCUCACUGGUCAGUAAUGGGCCAUCGCUAGAACUGGGUGAGAACGGGACAGCCGGAAGACAGAACUCAGAACAGAUGGACAUGCAGGAUAUCAAAAGUGAUUUGAGAAAACCUCUAGUUAAUGGAAUCUGUGAUUUUGAUAAAGGAGAUGGUUCUCAUUUAAGCAAAAACAUUCCAAAUCACAAAACUUCCAACCAUGUAGGGAAUGGUGAGAUAUCUCCAGUGGAACCACAGGGGACUCCAGAUGCCACUCAGCAAGAUACUGCCAAAGGUGAUCAGCGAGACAGGAUCUCUAACGGGCCCGUGUUCGCCUGGGGCGGCUCCCCGUCUGUGAGCAGCGCGCAGGACGCCCCGGGCGUGGCCCCUCUGCAGAUCGGCGGUACCGAUUUGCCUAAUGGACCUCUAGCUCCAAGUUCGAAUUCAGAUGUGCCUCAGCAACGCCCGAGUGUAGUUGUCUCACCACACUCUACAGCCCCUGUUAUACAGGGGCACCAGAUCACAGCCGUUCCCCGCCCAGGGUCAAGAGGCCCCCAUUCUCCUGCCCUGUCCCCGGACCUCCGGGCUGCAAACGGCACAGCGGACAGUAAAACUGUGAAGAGACCCGCGGAGGAUAAUGAGCGGGAGACAGUCCCGGGAGUUCCAAAUAAAGUGGGGGUUCGAAUCGUUACAAUCAGCGACCCCAACAACGCCGGCUGCAGUGCGACCAUGGUCGCGGUCCCAGCUGGGGCGGAUCCCAGCACCGUGGCUAAAGCAGCCAUAGAAAGCGCGGCGCAGCACAGGCCGCAGCCGCCAGCCUA